UUGUACUGCCAGGACUGGAGCGUCGGGUGCGACGCGGCGACGGCGGCUGAUCUCAUCGAGGACCUGAAAGCGGUGGUGCCACGCAAGCCAGGGGAGCCGAAGCGCUACUGCAACGUGUUGACGGCCAGGUCCGGUAACGGACUGCAAAUGUACGGCUUCGGCCUCUGCUCUACGGAUGCGAUCGCCGGUACGAACGCCACCGCCGGCGCCGAGUCGGCAUGCCGCGACUGCUUGGCCGGCGCGAAGGAUACACUAAUUAGCCGUUGCAGAGACGUGGGAGCAGCUGGGCAGGUGUGGGGUAAUCCACCGGGUUUGUGUUACAUCAAGGUUGGACCCUCCAACUGUUACUCCAUGGCGAAUUAA